GGCCAAUCUCCCCCUCCCCCCAGGGUCACUCCAAAAGAGGAGGGUGCCAAGCCCGGCUGAGGAGCCCUGGUAGAGGGGGAGCGUUGGGAAGGGAUGCAACACACCCAAAACUCGGGGCAUCUGUGGUCGGUGCACAGGGAGGCGGGCUUGGGUGAUGGAUGCCCAGACUUUCCAACUUUCUUCUUUCUUUUUGCCCCCCUCCCAGAACUGGAACUGAAUACAAAGUGCGUGGUGGAGAUGGAGGGGAAUCAGACUGUCCUGCACCCUCCCCCUUCUAACACCAAACAAGGAGAAAGAAAACCACCCAAGGUUUUUGCCUUUGAUUACUGCUUUUGGUCCAUGGAUGAAUCAAAUACUACAAAAUAUGCUGGUCAAGAAGUAGUUUUUAAAUGCCUUGGAGAAGGAAUUCUUGAAAAAGCCUUUCAGGGAUACAAUGCUUGUAUUUUUGCCUAUGGGCAGACAGGUUCAGGAAAAUCCUUCUCAAUGAUGGGCAAUGCUGAGCAGCUGGGCUUAAUUCCACGGCUUUGUUGUGCUUUAUUUCAAAGGAUCUCUUUGGAACAAAAUGAAUCACAGAUCUUUAAAGUUGAAGUGUCAUACAUGGAAAUCUAUAAUGAGAAAGUUCGGGAUCUUUUAGACCCCAAAGGGAGCAGGCAGUCCCUUAAAGUCCGAGAGCAUAAAGUCUUGGGGCCCUAUGUAGAUGGCCUAUCUCAACUGGCUGUUACUAGCUUUGAGGAUAUUGAAUCAUUGAUGUCUGAGGGAAACAAAUCUCGAACGGUGGCAGCAACUAACAUGAAUGAGGAAAGCAGUCGCUCCCAUGCUGUCUUCAACAUUAUAGUCACGCAGACGUUGUAUGACUUGCAGUCUGGUAAUUCGGGAGAGAAAGUCAGUAAGGUCAGCCUGGUAGACUUGGCUGGAAGUGAAAGAGUGUCUAAAACAGGAGCCGCUGGGGAGCGUCUGAAAGAAGGCAGCAACAUAAACAAGUCACUCACAACCCUGGGAUUGGUUAUAUCAUCUCUAGCUGACCAAGCAGCUGGAAAGGGUAAAAACAAAUUCGUGCCUUACCGGGACUCAGUCCUCACUUGGCUUCUCAAGGACAACUUGGGAGGCAAUAGUCAAACCUCCAUGAUAGCCACCAUUAGCCCAGCAGCAGACAACUAUGAAGAGACACUCUCUACAUUAAGAUAUGCAGACCGAGCCAAAAGAAUAGUCAAUCAUGCUGUGGUCAAUGAAGAUCCUAAUGCAAGAGUCAUCAGAGAACUACGUGAGGAAGUGGAGAAAUUAAAAGAGCAACUGUCACAGGCUGAGGCUAUGAAGGCUCCAGAACUGAAGGAAAAAUUAGAAGAAUCUGAAAAGCUAAUAAAAGAACUAACUGUAACCUGGGAGGAGAAAUUAAGGAAGACUGAAGAAAUUGCCCAGGAGAGGCAAAGGCAGCUUGAAAGUAUGGGAAUUUCCCUUGAGACUUCUGGCAUCAAGGUGGGGGAUGACAAAUGCUAUUUAGUGAACCUGAAUGCUGACCCUGCUCUCAAUGAACUUCUUGUGUAUUAUUUAAAGGAUCACACCAGAGUGGGUGCAGAUACCUCUCAGGAUAUACAACUCUUUGGCAUAGGAAUUCAACCUGAGCACUGUGAGAUUGACAUUGCACCAGAUGGAGAUGUUUCUCUCACUCCCAAAGAAAAUGCAAGGUCCUGUGUGAAUGGAACACAUGUAUGUUGUACCACUCAAUUGUGGCAUGGAGAUAGAAUCCUAUGGGGGAACAACCACUUUUUUAGAAUAAAUCUACCCAAGAGGAAACGACGAGAUUGGUUGAAAGAUUUUGAAAAAGAAACUGGUCCACCAGAACAUGACCUGGAUGCAGCCAGUGAAGCUUCCUCAGAACCAGAUUAUAAUUAUGAGUUUGCUCAAAUGGAAGUUAUUAUGAAGACACUGAAUAGUAAUGACCCAGUUCAGAAUGUGGUUCAGGUUCUGGAGAAACAAUAUUUAGAAGAGAAGCGGAGUGCCCUAGAGGAGCAGCGGAUGAUGUAUGAGCGUGAACUAGAGCAACUGAGACAACAGCUAUCUCCUGAGAGGCAGCACCAGAACAGCGGCACUGAUCGGCUUACCUUCACAGGCCAGACAGCUCAGCAGAAGGUGACCUUGUGGGCAGAGGAAAGAGAUGAGCUUUUCCGGCAGAGCCUAGCAAAAUUACGAGAGCAGCUGGUAAAAGCCAACACCCUGGUGAGAGAAGCAAACUUCUUAGCUGAGGAAAUGAACAAGCUUACUGAUUACCAAGUGACUCUUCAGAUCCCUGCUGCAAAUCUCAGUGCCAACAGAAAGAGAGGUGCCAUAGUGAGUGAACCAGCAAUUCAAGUGAGAAGAAAAGGCAAAAGCACCCAAGUGUGGAACAUUGAGAAGCUGGAGAAUAAACUGAUUGACAUGAGAGACCUCUAUCAAGAAUGGAAAGAGAAGGUUCCUGAGGUAAAAAGACUCUACGGUAAACGAGGGGACCCCUUUUACGAAGCACAAGAAAACCAUAACCUAAUCGGCGUAGCUAAUGUCUUCCUGGAGUGCCUUUUCUAUGAUGUGAAGCUUCAGUAUGCAGUUCCCAUUAUCAGCCAGCAGGGGGAGGUUGCAGGACGCCUACAUGUUGAAGUGAUGCGUGUCACAGGAGUGGUUCCAGAGCGUGUGAUCGAAGGUGAUGACUCCUCAGAGAACUCUAGUGAGAGUGGGAGCCUUGAAGUCAUGGACAGCAGUGGCGAUAUCAUCCACCGGGUCAAAAAGCUGACCUGCCGGGUAAAAAUUAAAGAAGCAACUGGGAUACCCCUUAAUCUCUCAAAUUUUGUCUUCUGUCAAUACACGUUCUGGGACCAGUGUGGGUCAACAGUGGCAGCUCCAGUGGUUGAUCCAGAUGUGCCCUCCCCACAAUCCAAGGAACCUCAGUUUACAGUCACUUUUUCUCACUGUGAGGACUAUGUAGUAAAUGUCACAGAAGAAUUCUUGGAGUUUAUUUCAGAUGGAGCUCUUGCAAUUGAAGUGUGGGGUCAUAGAUGUACUGGAAAUGGAAGGUCCAUCUGGGAAGUUGAUUCUCUUCAUGCUAAAACAAGAACACUCCAGGACAGAUGGAAUGAAGUCACUCGAAGAAUAGAAAUGUGGAUUUCCAUACUCGAACUUAAUGAGAUGGGGGAAUAUGCUGCAGUGGAACUCCAUCAGGCAAAAGAUGUGAAUACCGGGGGUGUCUUUCAGCUGAGACAGGGUCAUUCCCGUAGAGUUCAGGUAACCGUGAAGCCUGUUCAGCAUUCUGGUACAUUGCCACUUAUGGUGGAAGCCAUUCUGUCUGUCUCUAUUGGCUGUGUAACUGCAAGAUCUACCAAACUCCAAAGAGGACUGGAUAGCUACCAGAGAGAUGAUGAGGAUGGUGAUGAUAUGGAUAGUUAUCAGGAAGAAGAUUUAAACUUCGUAAGAGAGAAAUGGUCUGAUGCUCUCAUUAAGCGUAGAGAGUAUUUGGAUGAACAGAUUAAAAAAGUUAGCAAUAAAAAAGAGAAAACAGAAGAUGACCUGGAACGGGAAGCCCGACUCGUCGAACAGUGGGUAGGCUUGACAGAAGAGAGGAACGCAGUGCUGGUUCCUGCUCCAGGCAGUGGGAUUCCUGGCGCUCCUGCAGACUGGACCCCACCUGCUGGGAUGGAAACACACAUACCCGUCCUUUUUCUUGACUUAAAUGCUGAUGACCUCAGUGCCAAUGAACAGCUUGUAGGUCCCCAUGCAUCUGGUGUUAACUCCAUACUACCGAAGGAGCACGGGAGUCAGUUCUUCUAUCUGCCAAUCAUAAAGCAUAGUGAUGAUGAGGUUUCUGCUACUGCCUCUUGGGAUUCCUCUGUCCAUGAUUCAGUGCACUUGAACAGGGUUACACCACAAAAUGAAAGGAUUUACUUGAUAGUGAAAACCACAGUCCAGCUCAGUCAUCCUGCUGCUAUGGAGUUAAUAUUACGUAAAAGGAUUGCAGCCAAUGUUUACAACAAACAGAGUUUUACACAAAGUUUGAAGAGGAGAAUAUCUUUGAAAAAUAUAUUUUAUUCCUGUGGUGUAACCUAUGAAAUAGUAUCCAAUAUACCAAAGGCAACAGAGGAGAUUGAAGACCGAGAAACUUUGGCUCUUAUGGCAGCAAGGAGUGAAAAUGAAGGUACAUCGGAUGGAGAAACAUAUAUUGAGAAGUACACACGAGGUGUACUGCAGGUGGAGAACAUUUUGAGUCUUGAGCGUCUCCGGCAGGCUGUCACUGUCAAAGAAGCACUUUCCACCAAAGCCCGCCAUAUACGAAGGAGUCUCAGUACACCAAAUGUCCAUAAUGUAUCUUCUAGCAGACAAGAUCUUUCUGGCUGUGAUGAAGAUGAUAAGGGUUGGUCAGAAAGCCAUCUAGAUAUGUCGGACUGUAGUUCCAGUUACCAAGAUGUUUCGUGUUAUGGUACUUUACCCAGGGAUUCUCCUCGAAGGAUUAAAGACGGCUUUGCUUCAGAGAAUCCUCAUGCCUUAACAGUCAGUCCCUUUAAAGCAUUCUCUCCUCAGCCACCAAAGUUUUUUAAACCUCUCAUGCCCGUAAAGGAAGAACAUAAGAAAAAAACACCCCUGGAAACCAGACCUCUUCUCAGCCAGGAGAGCAUGCCUUCACCUCAGGUACAUAACGCUGGCUGUGUUGUACCCUCAGGAAGUAAUGGCAGCAACCAGCCAGUAGAAAACAAUAGAAUACGUGAGGAGAAGAUUGACUCUGAGGAAGAAGAACAUGAACUGGACACUAUUAGCAAAAGGCUAGUAAGCUCACAGCCUUAUGUACCAGUGGAGUUUGCAGACUUCAGUGUUUACAAUGCUAGCCUGGAGAACAGGGAGUGGUUUUCUUCUAAAGUUGAUUUCUUGAACUCUCGGGUCUUGGAAAAAGAGGUAUCACGUAGCCCUACCACUAGCAGUAUUACUAGUGGUUAUUUUUCCCACAGUGCCUCUAAUGCCACUCUAUCUGACAUGACUGUACCUUCUAGUGAUAGCACAGAUCAACUAGCCAAUCAGAUGAAGGACUUGGACACCAGCGAGCAUUCAGGACCUUCACUGGUGCAUGACCUCAGACCUUCCUCCAACAAGGAUUUGGCAGAGCCAGAAGGAGACUUGGCAAAGGAUAAAAUAAGCACAGUUACACUCAAAGAAAACAGUGCCUUAGUCAAAGGGAGCCCACUACCCCAAAAUACCAUUAAGAAGAGCUCCAAAGAGCUCUGUAGGACUGGCUCUUGUUCAGGAACAGAUCCCUGCUCCAACAAAAACAGCCGAAUGCCCAUGGGAUUCUCUCCCAGGGAAGUGACCAUAGAGCACAUGUCAGACAUCGUUGAAGACCAUUCUUUCACGGAGUUCAUGGGUGUCUCAGAUGGGAAAGAUUUUGAUGGCAUAUCGGAAUCACCUAUUGGAGGUCUUUCAAGUGUGAAAAAGAAUCUACCAAGUCAAACUGACACCAAGAGUAAUGUGGAUUGGUUACAACAUCUCAGCCAGCUGAAGUCUGAGUCAGAGAGUGAUCAACCCUUAAACUCCACAAUCAGUCCUUUGUGUUCAGAGUUAACAAAAGAGGAUCCUCAAGCAGAUCCUGAUGCCUCCCACCAUGAAGACUUGCUGAGAAAGAAUCAUUUAGAUGUUUCUGAUGGGGAAGAUGGUCUUUCUACAGAGCAGGUAUACAUCCUGCCUAGCUGGAUGACUGUGGGAGAGCAAGUCUGCUUUGGUAACAAGACUGGAAUCGUGAGAUACAUUGGACCGGUGGAUUUUUUAACUGGCACAUGGGUUGGUGUUGAAUUAAAUGUUCAAAUGGGGAAGCAUGAUGGGACAGUGAAAGGAAAAGAGUACUUCCGGUGCAAACCACAACAUGGCAUCUUUGUCCGCCCUGGGCGCCUUCUGCAAGCACCAGCUCCCACAAAGAAAUGCAGCAAUGCUUUUCGACCUCAGGCAGCCUCUAGUCUCGAGAAGAGGAAAAGCGUUGUGAUUCCAGUACCAUCUCCCUCUUCCUCCAAAGCAGGAGAAGCAGCACUUUGUCACUCAGGUGACACAGCAGCCUCUACUUUUUCCAGGAAGCAGGAGAACAGAAAGUCCUGGAUUAAUUAAGCGGCAGUAUUUUUUGAUAUUUGCACUUAUGACACAACUCUCCCAAUCCCCGCCCCCCCACACACACACACUCUGUAGGAACCUUUAUAAAUUGAAAAAAAAAAAACACUUUAUUCUUGUAUAUUUUUAAUCAGUCCUUAUUGGAUUUUGCUCUUUAGAACCAUGGACUUAAUUCUCUAAUUUUUUUUAUAAAUAAUAUAUUAUAUAUAUAUAUAUAUGAAUAUGUGUAUCUAUAGUUUGUCUGUCAGGAGGCAGGCAUGGCUGCACACUAAAAUAGAUAAAGAUAAUUUGUAGAUAACUGAAAGGUACUGGACUCUUUGUUACAAAGCAAGUUGGGGGCGGAGAAUCUUGUUUUAAACAAACAAAUAUUUUAUUGCCGAACAAGGAGGAUGCAAGUCCCUCUUCAUGGAAAAGGUUACAGUAUGCUGUUCUUUAUAACCAAAGAACUUGUAUUAGACAUUUGCUGUCCUGUCUUUUUUUUUUCCCCUGUAAAUAUACAUUUAACUGCAAGUUUGGUGCCAUGAUUCUUUUGGUCACCGGGCACCAUGCUGCCUUAUCUGUCCUCUGUUAAAUAAGCACACUGAAAAUCUCUGACUUUUUUUUUUGUUUUUUGUCUUCCAAGUGGCCUGCCACUGUGCUGACCUGCAAUUGUAUAGCUUACGUUGAUACUGACUGAGGCUGUGAGUUUUAUAUCCAUAGACACUUGUUCCAGCCCGGCAGUUUGAAUACAGAGAGCAGUAUUACUGUAAGGGGAAAGCAAAGACAUACCACCUUGGCUUGGGGUUUUUUGUUUCAUUUCAGGUGGGGAUCUGUUUGUGGGGUUUUGUUGUUAUUGUUUUUAAGUGACUCUGGGAAAUGAGGAAGAGACAGGGUGAGCAAGAAGCAGAAGUUUGCAGCUGCACACAUUGCACUGGGGAUGGCAUGAGAUAUCUGCUCAAAUACAGAUUUGUGCUGCCCUUUGUGACCGCAUCUAUAAAUAUCUUCUACAUUGGGAAACAUGAAAAGACUCUGGGUGUGUGUGUGUGUGUGUGUGUGUGUGUG